AUCCUCUUCUGCGCAAGUAGCUGUCCAGUUCCGGAGUUUCCCUAAGCGCAUAAUUUCAUCACUGCACCGCUUUCUCUCUUCUCCGGCAAGUGCAGCCAUGGAAGUAGAGGCCCAAGUUCCAGUUCCUGCUCCAGCUCCAGCUCCGGCGUCAGUUACUGGUCCCAUGGACGUCAAGUUGUUCAAUCGCUGGGUGUUCGAUGACAUUCAUAUCAACGACAUUUCCCUGUCCGAUUACAUCGGUGUCCAAGCGGCCAAGCACGCAACUUUUGUCCCCCACACAGCUGGGAGGUACUCGGCCAAGCGAUUCAGGAAGGCUCAGUGCCCGAUCAUUGAGAGGCUUACCAACUCUCUUAUGAUGCACGGGAGAAACAAUGGUAAGAAGCUGAUGGCUGUCAGGAUCGUGAAGCACGCCAUGGAGAUCAUCCAUCUCCUAACUGAUGCAAACCCAAUCCAAAUCAUCGUUGAUGCUGUGGUCAACAGCGGUCCUCGUGAAGAUGCAACUAGAAUCGGUUCGGCUGGUGUUGUGAGGCGUCAGGCCGUCGAUAUUUCUCCGCUCAGGCGUGUCAACCAGGCCCUGUACCUCCUGACCACUGGAGCUAGGGAGUCUGCUUUCCGUAACAUCAAGACUAUCGCUGAAUGCUUGGCUGAUGAACUCAUCAAUGCUGCAAAGGGAUCCUCGAACAGCUAUGCUAUCAAGAAGAAGGACGAGAUUGAGAGAGUUGCCAAAGCCAACCGAUAAGAGAUUUUUGUAUGUCUGCUGUUAUCUUCAGCUUUAGCCCGUGUUGCUGGAAAAUGUCAGGAGAAUUUUGCUGUUUGUCUUUUGAGGUUUAAGGUACUUUUAUUGUCAGUUGUUAGUGAAAACCGAGAGUCUGUUUGGAAGCCGAAUGCUACAUUCGUUUAUUUGAUACUUCUAGUAAUGUCAUGCUGAAUCCUACCUCAAUUGAUGCCAAAUUGAGGUCGUGUUCUUUCCAGUGGUCUGGAUUUCAAAGUAAUGGAAGUAUGGUUGGCAAACCUUUGUAUCAUGA